CAUCAUCAAAGUGGCAAACUACGUCAUCAUCAGUGACAGUAGACUGGGCCAACAGAUACAUCAACACAGUCCACCACAACAACAAGUGGCUCCACGGCGUGGCUUCUCUUGGUGACAUCAAUUCGGACUAUGACGAUAAGGAGGGUGACAGAAGUGUGGCUGCCAUCAACAAUGUUCAAGGUGUAACACGAUUCUUGACGUCAUACAAAGUCGACCACCAAGGAGGGUCGUCCAUCACCAGUCCACCAGCUGAUAACCUGUUCACCAGUCAAGGUCUGAAUCAGUCACAGACCAUAACACCCUCACUAGUGGACGGGGACACUGUACGCUUCUGGGUACGAGCCUGUGACAUCAGACGCGAAUUCCUUGAAGAACAGGUGACAGUCCACAUCGACACAUCACCCCCCAGUCAUAGAGAACCUUUGGCUAACCAGGGGAGACCGACUCAACAUCAGUGUACAUGGAGCAGAGGAGUUUUCCGAAAUGACAAUGGAGUGGAUUGCAUACGAUGGCCACAGUGGCUUGGAGACGGUGUCAUGGCGUAUUGUAGAUAAAUACCAGGGUUUAGAUAUCGUGCAUGGAGUUCAGGACGUCACGGCUCAAGGGGAAAGACGUAGUAUUGCUGACUGCAAGAGCGCCAACGCUAAUGCCCCAAGGGGAGCUAACUGUUACUGUACGCCAGCCAAAGGCUGCUACCAUCGUCACUUCCAAGUAAAGCCCAUCGUAGUAGACAGCAGCCUCCAACAUGGAGGAAUAUUCAGCAACAAAAGCAGGGGAUCACAUGACUCUGACUACUACCUAGAGGUCAAUGUGACAAACCACGCCAAGCUUACAACAAAGAUGGAGUUUAAAGUGACAAUUGAUACAAGCUCCCCUCAUCCUGGCGUUGUUCAAGAUGGUCAAUUUGGGAACCCGGAAGUGGACUACCAGCAGCAUCUCCAACUCUACUCUCACUGGGACGGAUUUCUUGACAAAGAGAGCGGAGUCAAAUUUUACCAAUAUAAAUUUGGACCUCACUGUCUCUCAGCGAAUGAAUUUGGAGUUAAUAAAUCUUCAUUUGAGGUCACGGAAACCUAUUCCACAUCCGCCUCCUGGACAGCGCCCUCUGUCGGCAAGUAUCACGUGACAGUGGUGGCCUUCAACCGAGCACUGGAAGCAUCUGACCCAGUGUGUUCUGACGGAGUGACUGUAGACACAACACCACCCAGUGUCAGUGAGGUGGCAGUGAGAGACUCCAGGGUGAUGGAGGGGCUGGUCAAGUCAUCAGAUAAUACUGUGUGGUUCAUCGACGCCCACAGGAGACGUACCCGGGUGGUCAAUCCAGAUGGCAGUUGCAGUUCCAAGGCCACGCCAGUAGGUGAUAAGAGACUGUCCCUGUUUCCAAUACAUCGGUACAACAAUGGAAGUGGGAUGCAACUUGGGAUCAAUCCUGAGUGUGAAUCUUUACCAGCAUUGCCUGUCAGCUUCACCAACUUACUCUAUGUCUACAGGGAACACCUCCUCUUCGUAAACUGGACUGGCAGUGACUCUGAGAGUGGUAUCUAUGACUACGAGCUGGGGCUGAUGUCAGAUCCUUCUGGUGAAGCAGCUCCAGAUAUCCUGCCCUACACGUCCACUCAUCAUCAUCCUCAGUAUCAGGGCUACCAUCCCCGUCUCAGUGAGGGGCAACAGUUCUACAUCGCCAUCAAGGCCAUCAACAAAGCUGGCAUCUCAACUGUCAGAGUUGUUGGACCUGUCACCGUGUAUACACGAUACCCUGCAUUUACUGGAUCAGUGACAGUGACGCUGAGACACAACUAUUUGAUUGCACGUUGGCCAGAGACAGCAUUCGCAGACAUUGGGUAUCUAAAAUAUGAAGCUACAGUAGGAACUAAGGACGGCAAGUCGACAAUAAUGCCCUUCACGACGCUGCAGUCAGGAGGAGGUUGUACACUGACGUCGCCACCCACGUGUACAGCUGUCGCCCUCACAGACCUCCACUGGGACCUCCAUCACAGCCACACCUACUUUGUGUCAGUCAGAGUCACCAACAUAGUAGGACUGUCUACAGUGGCAGUGUCUGAACCCUACGUCCAUGACGUCAUGCCGCCGUUACGUGGUGUAGUAGAAGACGUUAUUCCAGCUGGAGAAGAAUCCUUGUUCACAAUACCGCGUACUGAUGACACAGACUACCAAAUAUCAACCCGAACUUUAACAGCGAGAUGGUAUGGAUUUGACAAUGGAAUAACUGCCAUUACGUACACGGUUGGAAUUGGGUCUCAGCCAUUUACAACAGAUAUCCAGGCGCAUGUCUAUGUUGGAAGUGCAACCUUACAUUCUUUCACUGGUUUGAGCCUGCAUUGGAAAACGAAGUAUUUUGUGACUGUCGUGGCUGCUACCGAUGGCGGCGGAGACGUGACGGUGUCCUCUGACGGGGUGACGAUCAUCAGGCCCAAUGUUGACAUCACAGAUGUCAUUGUCAGAGAUGGCCUAGGAUGCAGUGAUUAUGUGAAUGGUGCUCUCCGAAGUGCAGUAAACCAGACGAGAUGUUCACGAGACAACACAUACCAAGUAUCUACUUCAUCAUAUGCGGCCCACUGGGAUACAAGCAACUGGCUGCUCAGUUAUCCUGAUGUACAAUGGAGUUUGCAAAAGAAAGUUCCUCGCACUGUUGACCUAUGGGACAUUGAACGAGAGUUUGAGCCCCUUGGAACAUCGGAUAUGGUGGUGGCUAGCGGUCUUCAUCUAGAACCAGGGACAACCUACAGAGCUGCUGUCAAGUUCUGUGUAGUGAAUGUAUGUUCUAAACCCAUAUACAGUGAUGGCGUGACUGUCAUAGCACAUCCUCCAACACCAGGCAAUAUAUCGCUGACGUAUCGGGAAUCUGACAGUGGACAAGCACAGAUCCAGGUGAAGAUGGCUCGGUUCCGUGAUCCUGAUAUAAAAGUACUACAAGAAGCUUAUGACGUCAUGGACAGAUACCAGUGGGGUCUUACAGAUGACAGUCACAACGACAAAAUGUUGAUAGACUGGCAGACAGUGGAUGCUGAUGCUAUUGAAAGUGAGGCUGAUGACAAGAUAAGUUUCACUCUAAACCUGCCAAAACUGAUUCGCUUUACCAAGUGCAGAAGAGUAUCAGUCAGGGGCUACAACCACGUUGGUUUACAUACAACGGUGUCAGCAGAUGUCAAAGAAUGUGCAGCAUAUAACCCUCCAAAUAUCGUGCCUGCAGUUGUCCUAGAUGUUAUCGGAACAAACAACGAAAAUGUUGGUCAAGGAAUAACCUUUGAUCAGAAUAGUCACUGGAAUGAUGCUGACUACACUCCCUACAAGAACAUCCUGUCUGCUGUGUGGCCGACUCUACACCACAGGAACUACACCUGGGCAGUGGUGGUAGCUGACCAGUUAGACCCCUCGUCUCACUACAAGAGGGAGACUCUGAUGACCGUCACUGACCCCUGUAGCAUGCCGGAUGUCAUCAAGUGUGGACACACGGUGAACGAGUUCAUCAACGUGGAAUUUGCAGAGCUGUCCUACUUACAACACGGCAGGCGAUUUUAUGUGUGCAUCCAUGCUGAUGACAAAAACACUCGUUUUGAGAAGUGGACAUCACCUCUGACUGAAGUGAACGCCUGCAGUGACGGCAUCACUGUCGAUCUGACUCCACCUACACCGGGGACAGUGAACAUAGAGAAUCUCAUAGACGGGACAUUUCAGGCCAUCAACGGUGCAGGUCUGUACACACUGUCCUCAUCACGACCUCUGGUUGUGGACACCACGCCUCCAUCUUCUGGCCACGUCUAUGACGGAGUACAGUCAGCUGCCUCACAUGAUGACAAAGACAAGGACUAUAUCACCAGUGUCUCCGAGAUGGCAGCCUACUGGGAAGGCUUCGACGAUCCUCAUUCAAGUGUCGCCAUUUACAAGGUCAAGAUAUCAGCCUACAGCACAUCAUGCUCUCCCCCAGGAGUGAAGUACUUCACCACAGUGACAGCCUGUAACACAGCAGGCCUCUGCAGCAGCUCCUCAACCUCAGACGGUGUGAUCCUGGACAGCUCCCCACCAGUUCCUGGAACAGUGCAGGAUGGUACAGGCGACAUGGACAUACAGUUCCAGGCGACGAGGACAUUCAUCGGUUGCAAGUGGCGAGGCUUCAGCGACCCUGAAUCAGGAUUAGAUUACUAUGAAUGGCGUGUCGGAACAAAACCAGGAGCUGACAACAUUCUCUCAGCCCGCACUGCAGCCUUGGGUGAGGUCAUCUUCCACACCCUGUCACAUGACCAACAGUUGCCCGUACGACGGACAUUGUACAACACUAUCCGGGCAUUCAACAAAGCAGGGCUUUAUUCAGAGGCCAUGUCUAAUGGGGUACUGGUGGAUGACAGCGUUCCCAUUGUGGUUACACUUCCGACAGUGAGAAGUUUAAUGUCCCUUGUUCCCAACACUACAGUCAGUCGGACAGCUCUGAGUCUACACUGGGAAUUCCAAGACGUUGAGUCCGCUAUAGAACGCCAGUACCUCUCGUUAUCAUCUCACCAGCUUGGAGAGAUAGAUAGUUCUAAUCUUGAGGUUCCUGGUUUACUUCGAGAAUACACUUUUGUGAACCUUGACUUGCAUGAUGGAAGUAAAUACAAGGUGAAGGUUACCGCGUGCAAUAUGGCGGGUCUCUGUGUAUCGGCACAUACAAACAACAUUUUAGUUGACAGCUCUAAACCAAAUACAGGUACGUUCGCCAUAGAAACCGACCAUGCAGUGAAACUUGCAAGACAUCCGACUGGCUGGAUGACUUGGACCAGGACCAGACUGAACCUGGCGUGGCUUGGCUUCUCUGACCUACAUUCAGGGGUGGACCAUUACCUUGUAACAAUAGGAUCUCAUGAAUUCGGAACAGAUUACAAUACGGGUACACUACCGGAGAAGGUCUUCCAUAGUGACUCGGGUGUUAACAAAGGUGAUGAAGGAGUCCUGCAACGUUUCACAGUACACAGUCGUGCCCUGCCGUCAUCAGGAUCUGUGUUUGUAGCUAUUUGGGGUGUGAAUGGGGUUGGACUACAGAGUGAUGCCUACCACGCUGAACUGGUCCUGAAGGCAGACUCUACUCUGUGGCUGGUGAGGAGGUGCCAGGCCUACAACUGUGAGGGACAUUGUGUCUGUGCAGUGCAGGGCGGUACCUGUUCUGCCAGUAAAGCAUGUGCACAAGACAAAACAGAUCAAAAUAUCACAAUCAAAGACGUGGUGGACGUCAUGUCUCCGGGUGGUUCUAAUGACGUCGACGUCAGUCUCUUCAACACCGUCAUGGCUGCCACUUGGACUGACUCGUCAGGGGGAUCAUCUGUUUCACGAUAUGAAUACAGUAUAGGCGGAGGAGAGAGUGAUGAGCCAAUGGGAGUGUUUGACGCCACGGCCGACAGGAUUUGGUUUGAUGCAGGUCUACAAACAUCUGCUGUUGUCUCAUUACCUGCAGGCAAGUCUCUGAUAUCUGGAGUGAACUAUUACUUUUUUGUGAGAGCGUGGUAUAACAAAACCAACAGCAUCUUCAAAUCGGAUGGCGUCCUCAUCCAAACGGCACCACCCACAGUAACAGUCAAGAUGGGCCAAGCUGUGAAAGAGCUUGCACACCCAACUGACACCAAAGAUACAGACUUUCAGACACAGAACGAAACUCUGUUUGUGCAGUGGAGUGGAAAGUUCCUUCAGGGUCAGAGCGGCAUCCUCAGAUACAGGGUCUUUAUCAGCACUGUGCAAGGAGGUCACAGUAUCCACAAAUCAGAGGAGCUGACCUCCGCCAGCUAUACAGCGACAGGUCUAAUUUUACUUCCAAACACCGUCUACUACUGCAGUGUCCUGGCUUACAACAAGGCUGGUCUGGUCAGCUGGGCCUAUUCUGAUGGAGUACAGGUGGACGUCAUGCCUCCAGUGGCAGGCAGAGUGAAGGAUGGACGUGGCAUCCAUGACUUGGACUACCAGAGUUCAACAUCCGAAGCAUCCGCCUCCUGGUACGGCUUCUCGGACACAGACUCCACAAUAAUCAAGUAUUUUUGGUGUGUGGGGACAAGCAACGACACAUCAGAUUGCAGUGUGUUGGACUGGUUGGAUAUAGGACUACACACAUCUUCUAGGAGGUCGCUGUUGUCUCCAAUCGUAAAUGGUACAAGAAUAUGGAGCAAGGUGUAUGCUGUGGAUGCUGUUGGUUACACCUCAGAUGUUGUUGUUUCUGAUGGAGUCGUUGUUGAUGCAUCUCCACCUGAACGUCAGGAUGUAGCAUAUCUUGGAGACAAUCUGGUUAAGAACCCAUCUUUAGAGGGAGACGAUAUAAUUGGUACUACCACGAAAUGCAACCUCGUCAUACCAACAUCAUGGGAAACUGACAUAGCGUCCUGUAUCAAGGUUCAGGCGCCGGAUUCACCUUUAGCUAAAGAUGGACAUAAGUUUGUGUCCGUAAUUGGAAGCAUCCAACAAAUGAUCUCAGGUCUUGAGGUUGGGAGGCAGUACAAGCUGACUCUGCAUGCUGGAUACCCAGAGACUGUUUCCAACACCCACAGAUCAGUUGAUGCAAUAGUUACAAUAGGAAGUGAAGUCUUCAGCUUUACCCUGGACCCUAACCUCUGUAGAGGCACCUGCACUGUCGGAGAUCACUCAGUCGUCCUGUGGAACAAGCACACAUACAGGUUCACAGCCGUAGAUACCAGUCUAGUGCUGAAGAUAACGUCAUCGUCCAGGAUGAUGGAGUUUGCACUAGACCAUGUAAGUGUCCAGACUGUGGACUAUGUUGCUGGUCAGGACAGUGUGGACACCGAGGAGCAUCUGGUGGUCCACUCUGUGUUCCUGUCACACUGGUCAUCUCUACAUGUUUCCUGGCACUUCGAGGACCUACAAUCUCCAAUUACACAGUACACAUGGGCGAUUGGCACAACUCCAGGUGGUACACAUGUCCAGGGCUACACGGACCUAGGUCGAGCCACACAGGGAACACUGUCUAAUGUGCAACUGCUCCAUGGCGCCACUGUUUAUAUUACUGUCAUGGCGACGAAUGCUGCUGGGCUGACAGCUGUGACAUACUCUGACGCCAUCACAGUAGACAUGACUGCACCACAGUUCGACCUCAUCAGUGAUGGUCUGGAUGGACGAGAUGAAGACUAUCAGACAUCAGGUGUGGUGAGUGUCUACUGGCAAGUCAGAGAUGAAGAAUCAGGUGUAGAACACUGCGACUGGGCUAUUGGGAGGACACGAGGCAGCAGCGACAUGAAACAGUUUGAGAGGAUCCCCCCAGGUCAGUCCACAGCCCAACAUGACAUCGCCUCCAAGAUCCACUCGUCAUCUGUGACAGUCUACACCACAGUCCGGUGCUUCAACAAGGCGGGGCUGGCGGCGGCCAUGACGUCGGAUGGAGUUGAAGUGGUCCAGACAAGGAACCAGACAUCAGUUCCUGGCUUCAGUGUCCUGAGAGAAAGUCAGUCGGUGUACAGUGAGAGGGAUAUGUGUCACCAGAGUCAGGAGAAAGUCCGACUCCGAUGGGACAAAACCAGCCGACAUUUCAAAACAGUGAUUGGUAUUGAGGGAGAUACGCUGACACAGCAGAAUGUCGUCCCCGUCCAUCUGGAGUACACCUUGGCCACAUUAGUGGGUGUAACACUAAAGUAUGGAGCGACGUAUCAUGCCCUCAGUUUUCCUAUUGACGGGAUGGGAACACACGGAGAGACAACUGUCUUGAACUUCACGGUGCAUGGGCUUCCUCCAGCGAUAACAGCUUCUGACCGUUUGUCUGUGGUCAAAACUGGCGACCGACUGACCGUCGCCUGGCGGAAUUUGUUUGCUUCUCCCUGGGACGACCUGAAGUAUGAAGUUCACGUCGGAACAGUUCUCGGAGGCGCCGAUAUUGUAGACAAGCUGUUAACAGAGAACGAUGAAAUCACUCUGACUUUAAAUUCGCAAUAUCGCGGAUUUGAUGAGAUUUAUGUUACUCUAAACGCUAUUGGCACGUGUGGUCUGUCGUCCUGGUCCACACAAACAGUAAGCUUGAACUAAGUGCACUUGAUUCGUGUUUCCUAUAUUAUGGUAAAAUUUAAAACCAGCAUGGUGCACCGAUUUUCAUUCUCUUCAAUUAUGAUAUAUUAUACAAUUAUUCAAUCUGAAUAGUAAUUCAUAGAAUAACACAAACUAUACUUUUACGAACACAUUACUCAUUUUGUGCAAUGCAAAUGCACACGCAACAUGUCUCUCAUGAGAAAGGUAUUCGCCUUUUCAUGGAUGCUCUCUCAUGAGAAAGGUAUUCGCCUUUUCAUGGAUGCAAACCGAGCGGCAUACUGACAUGCAACAGGGGACAUGAAGCGUGAAUGUUAUACAUAUUUUUUCUAUACUUACAUGGCGUGAUUUUUGUAUUUUCUUAUAACCUUGGUAUUUACAUUUUUUAUCCAUCCUAUUCACAUAUACGUUCAAUAUAAGUAUCCACCAUAACUGAACGUAACCUAUAAAACAAACACACACAAACAUCCUUGUACUUGUGGAUGUCAAGGAAAGAAAUAUGAUUGUAUCGAUUAGUAUACUAAAUAACAGGAUUGCAGGAGGGGAAUACCCGAGUAACUCCCAUUCUCCUGAAGUGAUUGAACCAAGGAUCCUCCUGAAUAUGGAAAGUUUUUAGAAUAUUCUCCUUCUUGACAGAACCCUACUGUCACACUCUUUCAUUUCUUACUUGUGGAAGCUAUCUGAAAAAUAAACGCGAACUUUGUGUAGCUUCA